AAGCGCUGGGUUCCGGUCUUCUAGGGAGCCACGCUGGUGUGGUGAAGACAAGCUCUCCCAGUUGCCGAUCGUUGUAACUCAGCGCUGGGCAGCAUGGCAGGAAUAGACCAUGAGGACGGUGGUGACACCGAGGACUUGGAGAUAGCCGGGGAUAAUGAGCUAACUCUGGAUGAUGUGUUGCGUAUGGGGGGAACUAAGCGUGAUUAUGUAAUGCUGGCUGGCAUGGAAGAUGUCGAUGAAAUGGUGGAUGGUGGGAAGAAAGGUGGAAUUGAUGACUUAGAGGAGGGUGAAUUAAAAGCAUUUAUAGAAAAGCUUGGUUUAAGCAAAAUGUCUGUGAAGAUUACAGAAGAAGAGGAUACUCAAGCAAAAAAGAAUGAAAAGGAAAAAGAAUCAGAUGUAUCAAUCUCCAAGAAACCAAUUAAAAACAAGAAAAUCCAGGAGUCGCAAACCAAUAAAGACACAGAAAAAAAUAAAAAAAAUAAAGUUGAUCAAAAAAAGGUUACUAACUCUAGUGCAACAACAAAAAGCAAAGGACGACCAGUAUUUGACUUUUUCGAACGACCAAUACUAUUAAUAAAACCUGGUGGGAAAUGGUAUGACCAUGAAUAUACCAAGGAAUACACAGGAGAACCUCAAAACGAAGACAACUUAAAAAAAUAUAAAUCGUUAGCUGAAAAACUACACGAACAUGAGGUAAAUUUGUACAGAAACAAGAAAGAACUUCAAAAAGGUGCCAAUUCUGCUUGGAUGAAAACUGUUGUAUCUACAGGUACAUUGGGUGACAGGAUGGCAGCCAUGACAGUUUACAUCCAGGAUGCACCUGUGCAUACCUUACAGUUUAUAGAAAACCUGAUCAAUUUGAUUAGAAAGCAGGGCAGCAAGCGUCAGAAUCUAAUGGCACUUGAUACAUUUAAGGAACUCCUCCUUUCGGAUCUUUUACCAGAUAACCGCAAACUACGUAGUUUUGCACAGCAUCCAUUUCACAAACUGGAGGAACUUUCUAGCGGCAACAGAGAUGCAAGAGAUAGGAGGCUCAUAUUAUGGUAUUUCGAAGGUCAGCUGAAAAAGCAUGUAGCCGAAUUUGUCAAAGUUCUGGAAACCUUGUCACAUGACAACCUCAUUGCAACAAAGGCAAAAUCAUUAAAUGUUGCUCUUGAAUUACUCUGCAAUAAGCCUGAAGAAGAAAAGUCUCUCUUGGUAUUGUUGGUGAAUAAACUGGGUGAUCCUCAGUACAGAAUAGCGACUAAGGCUUCAUAUUUACUUGAGAUGUUGCUUAACAAACAUCCCAAUAUGAAAGUAGUAGUGUGUACGGAACUGGAGAGACUGCUGUAUCGACCCAAUAUUAGUGAAAAAGCACAGUACUAUGGUGUUUGCUUUUUAAACCAAACAAUUCUUUCUCAUGAUGAGGUGGACUUAGCAAAUCAGCUUAUAACAGUCUAUUUUUCUUUUUUUCGGGCAUGCAUCAAGAAAAAAGAAAUUGAUUCUAAAAUCCUGCGGGCGCUGUUGACAGGUGUAAACAGAUCAUAUCCAUAUGCGAAUAUUGCUAGCGAAAAAGUAAAAGAGCAGCUUGACACUCUCUUUAGAAUUGUGCAUGUAGUGAGCUUUAACACUGGAGUGCAAGUCUUGAUGUUGCUUUUUCAAGUCAUGGACUCUCAGCAUACUAUAUCAAACCGUUAUUAUUCAGCAUUAUAUAGGAAGCUAUUAGAUCCAGGUCUGUCACAGGGUUCCCGGCAGACCAUGUUUCUUAACCUUCUGUUCAAAUCCCUGAAAGCUGAUGUUGUCCUGAGACGUGUAAAGGCAUUCGUAAAACGAUUACUGCAAGUCACCUGUGGCCAAAAACCUGCAUUCAUAUGUGGGGCAUUAUACCUCUUGUCUGAGAUUAUGAGGCUUAAGCCAGGGCUGAAAGUAUUGCUUGAAGAAAAUGGGGAAGAGGAUGAAGAAGAGCAUUUUCAUGACAUGCCUGAUGAUGAUGAUGAUGAUGACGAUGAAGAAGACCGAAAAAAAAGCACAAACAAUAGUGACAAAAUUGUGAAAUCAGGAAAUACUGUAUCUUCGUCAUCCUGGGUACAUCAGCAAACACUCCAUGGUUUAAAGAAUUCAUCUCAGUAUGAUCCCUUGAAUAGAAAUCCUUUAUUCUGUGGAGCGGACAACACAAGUUUAUGGGAGCUGAAAAAGCUCACUGAUCAUUUUCAUCCAUCAGUUUCACUUUUCGCAAAAACUAUCUUGGAGGGGAAUUCUAUUCAGUACACAGGUGACCCACUAACUGAUUUUACGUUGAUGAGAUUUCUGGACCGUUUUGUGUAUCGUAAUCCAAAAGUACAAAAGGAAGGAGAGGUCAACCGAGGCUACUUAAUGCAUCGUCAAAAGAAAUAUUUAAUGAAUGAAGAGAAACAACAUGCAGUUAACAGCACUGUGUUCUUGGAAAAAGAAGAGGAAGAAAUCCCAGUAGAUGAAGUGUUCUUUCACAGAUUCUUUAAAAAGGCGGCUUUGGAAAAACGUAAAUUAAACAGGAAGAGAGAUGAGGAUGAAGAGAGUUUUGAAGAUGUGGAUGAUGAUGAAUUUGAACAAAUUCUUGACUCUCAUGAAGGAGACAGUUUUUUUACUGGACUCGAUGGUGACGUCGAUUUUGCUGGAAAUCUUCAAGCAAGUGACAAUGCUAAAAAGAAAACAUCAGGUGAAGGCGAUUCUGAUUCUGAUUGGGAAGUAGAUGAGGAAGGAGACGAUGAAGAAAUUUCAUUGGAUAGUAUGGGCGAAGAAGACUUUGAAAAUGGAGAUGAUGAAAGUGGAGGUGUUUUUAUGGAUACUUCAGAAACAAGUGAAAAUAUUACAGGACCAAAGAAAGGAAAGAAACGAAGUUUAAAUCAAGACACCAUGUUUAGUGCAGCAGAGGAGUUUGGGGACAUGUUGGAUGAAAAUUUUGGAUCUAAAUUUGACAAUAUUGGAUUAAAUGCUAUGGCAAAUAAAGAUAAUGCAAGCAUCAAGCAGCUCAAGUGGGAAACAGAACGAGACAACUGGGUACACAACAAAGACGCAAAAAGUAUUAUCAAGAAGAAGAAACAAUUCAAUCAAAAAAAGUUAAACAAAAAAAGAAAAUAGACAUUUGGAAAGUUGAUUUUUAACUGUUUAUACUUGUCUACAUACAUCCGUUUUGUGUAAUUAAAGUUUUACUAAAUAUUAUGUGCAUAAUAUAUAUUUUGUUUGGCUUUACAUGGAAAAAAUGACCAACAGAUUAAAAUUUGUGCUAAAAUGAUCACAUGCAGUUGGCUUUUUUUAAAUUGUAGAAAGCAAUAUUCAGCAUUUAUUUAUUUUACCUAAUGCAACCUUAAUAUUCUACAUCUUGCAUUUGUUUAAUCCCCCAGGUCCCUUUAAAGCAGACAUUCUCAAACUUGGCCCUCCAUAGGUUUUGGAACUACAUUUUCCAUGAUGCUCAGCCAGCAUUUCAGCUGGCUGAGUAUUAUGGGAAAUGUAGUUCCAAAACCUUUGGAGGGCCAAGUUUAAGAAUGUCUGCUUUAAAGCAUUGUUUCUCAACUGCAGUCCUCAAGUUACCCCCAACAGGCCUAAUUUUCAUUAUAGCGAAAGCAGUGCACAGGUGAAGUAAUCAGCUGAUCAGUAACACCAUGGUUACUAACCUGCUCUCACCCAUCAGCUGAUUAUUUCACAUAUGGACUAAUUCAACAAUCAUGAAAUCCUGGCCUGUUGAGGGUACUUGAGGACCGCGGUUGAGAAAAAAUGCUUUAAAACAUUGUUUCUUAAUUCCAGUCCUCAAGUACCCCCAACAGGCAAGAUUUGUAUGAUAUCUGAACUAGAGCUCAGGUGAAAUAAAUCAGCUGAUCAGUAACCAUGGUUACUAACCUGCUGUCACCCAUAAGCUGAUUGUUUUACCCAUGCUCUAGUUCAGAUAUCCUAAAAAAUCUGGCCUGUUAGGGGUACUACUUGAGGACUGGAUUUAAAGGAAUGAUGUACUGUAAAAUUGUUUUACCCUUAACAUGUUUCCAAUGACUUGUUGUUAUACCAGCUGCAGAGUAUAAAAUGAGAAAUUGUUUAUUUGUGUAUGAAACAUUUUUAUUUUUUGAAACCACAACCCAUUAAAAUAGUUUUUUGAGCUUGCAGGAAAA